AUGAUUACUGUUCGAUGCUGGUUGGAGCGAUUAUUUAAGUGUGUUUAUGGGCAGAUACAUUUAGCUAGUAUUGUAUUUAACCCAGAAAUGAUCAGUAUUUUAUUCGACAGCGAAAAAACAAUACCUCCUCGGUUUCACUUUGAAAGCUUAUAUAUGAGUACUAAUAAUAAAAUAUUUGAGAAUGUUUUGAAAUUCGUUUUAAAUCAUUUGACAAUUUCUAAAUUCUUUUACGCCAGUUUAUAUUCUCUUGACAUUACUGAGCAAAAUACAAAUAUUUUAUUUAAUAUUUUAAUUAAUGAAGGCAAUAAAUUACCAAAAAUUCAUUUAGAUAGUAAUAAAUUAUCAAGGCUAUAUGAUCUUAUCAUGGAAUAUAUAACAACAUCUAGAAAUUGUUCAAAAAUGGUACCUCAUAUUAUUUUUUAUUUUUCUACUUCUGCUUUUUUCCGUUUUAAAUUCAGUAAAAGAGCAGAAAAAAUAGACAAACAAAAUUACCAAAUAGCCAAUAUUUACAAUCCACAAAUGAAAUUUGCACUUUAUAAUGAAAAAUGUAAUGAUGGUAUAACUUAUCGUAUUCAUAUCAAAAAGAUGAAAGAAUAA